UGGGCAAAAGUUGGCUUUAAAAUUUCUUUAUUGCCUCGCGCUUUCCUCGUAAACACAGUUAUGUUGAUGUCCCUAGAUAACGAACUAUUUAUGAAACGCAGUUUUACAGACAAUUUCCGCUAACGAUCUGUCAACGCAAGCAGCCAAUUAGCUGUUAAACAUUUGUCGAGUAAAGAGACUUGUUUGGCAUAUCAGCAACAUGGAAACUCAAAGAGCUUUUCUUUCGGCCGUGUCGGCUGAAAGACAGAAAUCUUGGCACAAGGCGGAGGCCAAUUAUGAAGAGGUGCUGCGUCAGAUCUACAAAACAAAAUGGAGGAAGCACUUCAACAAAGAGAAACUGCGGCUGCUGUUGUUCGAAUGCCACUUUCAUUGCGCAGUCGCACUACAAAACCUUCAAAACUACCAGAACGCACUGCGGCACUUCCGGCGAGCCAUGGAGGUAGUCAGCUGGAGAAAGGAUGAGUGCCAGGCAGGUUGCAUCACUGGAAGGGUUCUACACCUGCACGUGCCUACCCUGGCAAGGAUAGCUUGUUGUCACAUUCACAUAGGAGAGCUUAACGAGGCUCUAAACAAUAUUGACAAAGCUAUCUUACUUGACUUCAGAAAUCCGGAUUUAUUCUGCGUCAGAUCAUUGGUUAGUUUCCUUCUAAAACAGCAAGAAAAGGCUCUAUCGGAUGCUAGUUUUGCCAUCCAGUUGAGUCCCACUCAAGUCUGUGGUUGGCUUCUCAGAGGACUCUUCAAGAAAAUCAAGAGGGAAGAAACUCAUCUGAAAUUCUCCAGGCAAGAACGGGAUCUUGAAAAGGCAUGUGAGGUCAAUCCAGAUGCAGUGAUGUUCAUAAACAUCAAGGAUCUGAGGACUCACUUUCAGACACUGUUUGAUCGAUUUCUUCCUUCAAUUCGUGUGUCUCACUCGCUAUCUGUCAGUGACGUUAUCGACGUGGAGAUUACUACAAAACCCAGGUCAGCCAAGGGAAAACUUGAAUCGAAACAAACGCUUUCCACUCGCGUAAUGCACACAGGCAAUCCACCUCCAACAGGCUUCAUUUUCCAGACAGUGGCCCCUCCUUCUUCGCCAAUAUUAAUGUGCGGAGUAGCGAAACCACAACGACGCAUUCGAACAUGUCCUCCUCAACUCGGGAAACACUCUGAAGCAAACCUUGAACGCUUUCAUACCGAGCCAAUCUAA